AUGGCUGAUUCUUUCGUACGCUCGCCCACUGGCUUGACUCGUUCGAGGACACUUAUCGAUCUAGAAGACUUGGCUGCGCAAACUGUUCGUGGCAAAAGACAGAUUCGGCCAAGGAACCACGGUCUCGCUAGCAGGAUAACUGGACUUUUUGUGAGCCACCUCCCCCAAACAAAAAAGCUUCUUCAGAACGAUAAUAACAAAAACGUAAAGUCCCGACGCGAUUCCAAUUUUGAUGAGAUACUUAAGAUUAUCUCUGAAAAGGAGUCCCUGAAGAAGGACUACCUGAAAAUCACCGGACGACCCAACCUAGGCCUAGUUGAACAAACCUUCACGUAUAAAGCGACUGAUGCGGAAGAACUUACAUUUGAGAGAAAGGAUACCUGGGACGUGUGUUUUGAGCGGUUACGCUCUGCUGCAGAGAAAAAUGAGAAUGAGUUGGAAAUCUGUCUCGUUACCUCAGACACCACGCAUCUUGGCCGCACGUUUUCCUUUAUUCACCGAAUCUUCUUUGUCGGUCACGAUCGUUUUCAACAAGCUUAUUCCCUGCCGAGUCAAAUAGUCAUUCGUAUUCUCCACAAACAAUGGAUAUUCAGUGAUGAAAUGAUGGCUAGGAUUACGGAAAGCCUAUGUCCAAAGGAGGGUUCUCUCUCGGCAUGGCAACCAAAGCUGCCAUCUCAACGUACAGUACCUGACCCAUGCAUAGAAGGUAAUACAGCGCAAACAGAGGGCUCCGUCCAGGUGCCAUUGAAAUUUACGUUUAAAUGGAUUGAUGCUCCGUACUACGCGACGGACCUUUCAGUUUAUGUGCUUCGGCCAUACGGAAGACAUCCCCAAGUAAAAACCUUGGAUGUUGUUUUAACCUCGAUGCAAUACGACCAGAUUCGGCGGGCGAUUGUGGUUGUCAACUCUCACAACACCCUAGCAGAGUUACGCAACUUGCUCCCCGAAGUAUUUCAGCAUGAAGUUUCCGGGCUUCCUUACAUAUUGCGGCUGUUCCGAGCUUUCUGUGCUAAGACCACCGAUGAGACCGUCACUUUUCUAACAAAGGCAUGCGACGAUAUCAAUUAUAUGGUCUACGAAGGACGGCUUCGUCCCUCUGGAAGCAAGAUGCAAUAUCUUCGGCACCUGGAAGACUGCCACUAUGUCGCUAAAGAUUGCUGUCAAAAGAACCGAUGUACCCUUCAGGUGCUGCUCGACCAAGUUCAUUUGAUUCAAGGACCACGCACUGAUGACGAGACAAGCCUAAUUAACGAGCUUGAAAUGGCGAGGAAUGAUCUAGAGUACCUCCAUGACGAAAUUGAGUCCUCGUUGCAAAGAGUACCGGAUGUAUGUCGAGACAUUCGCGAGCAAUUGGAUUUGGUCCAAAUACGUCGAACAAACAUCUUGGGAAUUCUCGCUGGACUAUACCUACCACUUGCGUUUGUGACCAGUUUUCUAGGUAUGAAUCUUGAACAAUACACGCAGCUUCAACCAUCUUGGCGCAAUGUCACCAGGAUUGAUCCAACCAACCCGGACAACAUCACCAUCUCCCAUUCCGAGAUUGUGGACUCGGGAGCCAACCAAGCAUGGUCUUUGGAAUUAUUCUUCGAGAUUGCAGUGCCACUUAUGGUUGGUACAAUACUUAUACCCCUUGUCAUCGGAAGUAUUACUCGAGCGUUUCUGCGAGCGGUUGGACAUGGAAGAACUUGGUGGCGUCUUAUAUUUGCUUCUUUGGUCGUCUGGUCAGUUACCAUCACUUUGAAGAGCUUCGGUGCCCCGAUCGCUAACAGCCGUUGCCGCAGUUAUUCCACCCUUUCAUCCCUAUAUGCACCAUACGUCACGGUGGGCCAGUUGAUGUUUAUACCGUUCUAUUUGUUUAUAUUGCUCAAUAUUGCUACCGUGUGUAUCCAAGGGAAGAGGAUAAAUCCGAUUCCUCUCAUCUACUGGUACAUGAACACGGGCUUCAUGACAGUGAUUAUGCUUUCUCCGGUGGAUGAUAUAGGUGCAGCGAUCAUGGGGGCCAUCUAUGGCCUUUCUCUUUUUGUUUUCUGGUGGCUGAAGCCGGAUCUCUAUUACAGAUGGGAUCAAGGAAGAAGGCAGAAAUCGAAGGAAAGCUGA